UACCACUCGACCCCCUCUAAUAAGUUGCUAAUUACCAUUCUGCCCCUGGCCAAUUAGCAGCAGCAGCAGCAGCAGCCAUGGCCCUCCCCCUCAUCUCGGAUCCCGCUGUCGAGGCCUUCCUCUCCGAUAUCGGGUUCGGGAUCGGGAUCGUGCCCGGACACACGCCGCCACCGCCGGCUACUCCGCUUCAAGACGCGAUGACGGUGGCCGCCACGCCGCCGGCGCAGGAGGAGGAGACGUCGGCCUCGGCAGCCGCCGACGAGGAGCGGCGGCGGCUCCGGCGCAAGAUCUCGAACCGGGAGUCCGCGCGCCGCUCCCGCGCGCGCAAGCAGCUGCACCUCGAGGAGCUGCGCGCUCGCGCGGCCCGCCUCCGCGCGGGCAACCGCGAGCUCGCCGUGCGCCUCCGCGGCCUCCAGGCGCGCGCCGCGCUCGUCCGGCUCGGCAACGCCCGGCUGCGCGCCGAGGCCACCGCCCUGGGCCGCCGCCUCGCGGCCGCGCAGCGCGCCAUAGUGCUACGCCAGCUGUACGCCGCCGGCUUUCAUGAGCUGCAGACGCUGGCCUCGUUGAUCGUGUAGGCGCGCUGGGCCGGCUGGGAAUGCCAUGCCCAUGCAUGCACGCACGUGCUGAUCUUUUUGACUGGCUCACCUGGAACGAAAGGACUUUAAUCAUCACAAUUCACAAGCAGGAUGGAUAUAUAUUCUUGUAGAUACACUACUACUGCUAGUAGCAGCACCAAGCAAGUAAGCAAUUCUUGAUGAAAAAAUGAACUGCGCACGUACGUGUGGAACUAUAUAUGCAUGCAUGCACAGCGAACGUCCGAUUAAUAUUUGGUUCUAAGAAUGCAUGCUUAUGACAUAUGCACUCCGUUUGAUGAAAAUUGACGGCCGGGAUUGAUAA